AUGGCCGUGCAAGCGGCCCCCCCGCCGCCGCCCCACCACCACCCCUUCGCCCCCUUCGGCUUCCCGGCGGCGGGGCAGGGCUCCGGCGGCGGGGGCCCCCUCGGGCCGGGCGGGGGCGCCGCCGAGGCCGGGGACCUGCUCAGCUUCAUCGACUCGGCCUCCAGCAACAUCAAGCUGGCCCUGGACAAGCCCGGGAGGUCCAGGCGGAAGGUCAACCAUCGGAAGUACCUGCAGAAGCAGAUCAAGCGCUGCACCGGCAUGAUCGGGGCCGGAGGAGGAGGAGGAGGAGGAGGAGGAGGAGGAGGGGGCGCCCCGUCGGCGGCGGCCAACCCCCCUGGCCCGCAGGAAGCGACGAAUAUUAGCAAUAAUAAUAAUAAUAGCAAUACUAAUGGCAAUCCUAGCAGCCACCCUGUUCCUAAGCGGACUUCUCCGACGGCGGCUUCGGCCUCGGCGUCGCCGCCCCGCGGCGGAGCGGCGCAUUGCAAGCCGGCGGCCAAGCGCGAAGGCGCCGCUUUGCAGCGCCGGAGCCUGGCCGCCCUCUUCGACUCGCUGCAGCCGUCGGGUUUCGAGCCGGAGCGGCCCCCGGGGGCGGGAGGGGGCAGCCCCGAGGACGGAGCGGGGCCCUCGGCCCUCGGGGGCGGCGGCAGGAAGGUGCCGCUCCGCAAGCGCAACCUGCCCCCCUCCUUCUUCACCGAGCCGGCCGCCGCCCCCCCCUGCUCGACGGCCCCCGGGGCGGCGGAGCCCGGCCCGGCAAUGAAGGACCCCGCCGGGCCGGAGGAGCUCUUCGACCUCCUGGCCGCCCCCGAGUACGGCGCCCUCCUGCCGGACCCCCCGCAGCAGCAGCAGCCGUCGAUGUUCCCGGCCGGCGGCCGGCUGCAGGCGUCGGAUCUGGGCGGGGAGGCGGCCCUCUACGAGGCGCUCCCCCCGCUGCCCCACCUGAUGUACCCCGAGCCCCCCCUGCGGCCCCUGCCGCCCCUUUACGCCGGCGCGUCGGACCCCGAGAGCAGCCCGACGGCUCACUUGCCCGCCUUCGCCCCCUUUUUCCCCGACUGCCCUCUGCCUGCGCCCCCGGCCAUGCCCUAUGACUAUGCCCCCGGGUAUGCCAGGGGGGUACCUUAUGCCAACCUUUAG